UGCGCGGAUCCAACCAUGCAAAAGCAAGCGUGAUCACAGGCAUCUCCACCAAUCGCACGUUAUUGCACGCGCAAAACUCGCCCCCAAAUUCAAUGGAGCGUUAGCGCACAGCAAUAGAAUUUGGAUCGAGGAUCUUCCAAAAAAUUACAAUCCCUCCGCCGAUCGCGAUCCAGGCGACGCGCAGGAGAAAUGGGGUUCAUCUCGGGGAUCAUGAUGGGCUUCAUCGUCGGCGUCGCCCUCAUCGCCGGCUGGGCGCACGCCAUGUCCCGCCGCGCCCACAAACGCAGCGCCAAGGCUGCUGAGAUCAGUGCGUUAGGAUCUCUCAACCGUGAAGAUCUGAGGAAAAUAUGCGGAGAAAAUCUUCCUCAAUGGAUUUCAUUCCCGGAGUAUGACCAGGUUAAAUGGCUCAACAGACAAUUGAGCAAGCUUUGGCCCUUUGUUGAGGAGGCAGCAACCAUGGUCAUCAGGGACUCAGUGGAGCCUAUACUCGACGUUUAUCGACCGGUGGGGAUAUCCUCACUCAAGUUCAGCAGACUCUCACUAGGCACCGUGCCACCCAAAAUUGAAGGCAUUCGGGUCCAGAGCUUUCAGAAAGGGCAAAUCACAAUGGAUAUCGACUUCAAGUGGGGCGGGGAUCCGAAUAUCAUCCUUGCAGUUGAAACUCUAGUCGCUUCACUCCCCAUUCAGUUCAAGAACCUGCAGGUGUUCACUAUCAUCCGCGUGGUCUUCCAAUUGUCUGACGAGAUACCAUGCAUCUCCGCUGUUGUUAUCGCUCUUCUGGCAGAGCCAAAACCGAGGAUCGACUACAUACUGAAGGCGGUCGGGGGAAGCCUUACGGCGAUGCCCGGACUUUCAGACAUGAUCGACGACACCGUGGCAUCCUUAAUCACUGACAUGCUCCAAUGGCCGCACAGAAUCGUCGUUCCACUGGGCGGCGUUGACGUCGACAUAAGUGAUCUGGAGCUGAAGCCGAAUGGGAAGGUAACGGUGACAGUGGUGCGCGCGGAGUCGCUCAAGAACAAGGAGCUGAUCGGCAAGUCGGACCCCUACGUGGUGCUCUUCAUCCGCCCCAUGUUUAAGGAGAAGACCCGGGUCAUCGACGACAACCUCAACCCGGAGUGGAACGAGACGUUCGAGCUCAUCGCCGAGGACAAGGAGACGCAGCAUAUCAUCCUGGAGGUGUUCGACGAGGACAGCCUGAAGCAGGACAAGAGGCUGGGCAUCGCCAAGGUGCCCCUGAGCGACCUGGAGGUGGAGACCGUGCAGGAGAUCAACGUGCAGCUGCUCUCGUCCCUGGACACGACCAAGGUCAAGGACAAGAAGGACCGGGGCGUGCUUACCAUCAGGGUGUUCUACCACCCGUACACCAAGGAGGAGGCGCUGCGGGCGCUGGAGCUGGAGAAGAGGACGGUGGAGGAGCGGAUGAAGACGAGGGAGGGGACGGGGGCCGUCAGCGGGGCCGCGGACGCAGCCAGCGGCGUGGCGUCCACGGUCACCAACGUGGCCGGCACGGGCGUCGCCGCUGGCGCUGCCGCCGCCGGCUCAGGCGUUCACAUGGCCGGAUCGGGCGUUCACAUGGCCGGGUCGGGGGUGGCAAUGGUGGGCACGGGGAUUGACGCGUUCGGCAAAAGCAUCAGCAAGGCCAGCAAAAGCAUCAGCAAGGCCGUCACAGGGCCCUUCAGUAGCCAGAGGCGCAGCGCCGCGAGCGUGCCGACGGUCGACGAGUAACUGAUGGUCUGAUGCAACUGUGAGCUUAGCUUUACCGUUGCUGUGUCCUGCUACUCUUUAGUUACCAGUACGACUACCGGUAGUGGUUAUCUCUCUCCUUUUUUUCACCAUCAAUUUUUUAUCAGAAACAUACUAAAUGUUUGUAUUUGUGUUUGAUUUGAUUCGAACACUUUUUGCAUC